CUUGCACUGGGAGGGAAAGAGAGUAAGCAGCAAAACUCCACUGGAACUUGGCUUAUGCCUGAGACUCAGCUAACUCUUCGCUCACGCAGACCUUCAUGCGCCAUCUCGGUGCAGCUCGUUGCCAGGUAGCCAGUAGCAAUUAAGAAAGCAACCCAUUUUUCAUUAUCAUCCCCAUUGUCAUUGCAAAAAAAAAAAACCCACAUGAUAUUAUCUUCCUUUAUGACAGCCUAUUAUCAAGGAGUUUUCCUCUGCUCCAUGUGCUAAAAAAAGUUUCACACAGCUGCCUGUGAUCCCACAGCAGCUGAUGAGAUGCAGAGCUGAGUUUGUAAACAGGACAGUUUCAGCCAUCCUGCUUUUUCCUACCUGAACAGCUGUCCCUCAAACUGCUUCUCCAAGUCUGCCUGAUAACACAGCUGCCUCCUUCUGAUCAACUCCACAGGACACAUCUGGGGGACCCAGGGGAUGUGCUGGAGCUGCAUUACAAACUCACUCUUGACCCCAGCAGCUCUCAAGACAGAGGAGACACACUCCGAAGUAUCCCAACAUGUCAGUUAGAGUAUCAGCCUCCUUAGGUGAUAAUUACACUCUUUUCAUUCAUUUCUCCCCCUCUCUCCCCAAAAGAUCCGGACACUGUACACGAGAGCUCAGAAGCCCAGCAGGCACUGUGAUUUGCAGCUGUUUUGCAACAGGGACAAAAAUGAGCGGCUUGUUCUUUCCGGUCUGAGCUGAGAGUCUCAUGUUUCAGCUCCUCCUUCACAUUCCAGGCCUGCCCAGGCUCCUCUCCAAAGGCUUCAAAAAUGGACCCUCUCACAACUAGUUGUACUCUGAAAUACUCAGUGCCCAAAGCCAGGGUCUUUGUUGUCUUCCUGUCAAUGGUUUUGUGCACCACUAUUCUCUGCCUACUGCAACUCCGGUUUUUUAAACCUAAAAUCAAAGAUUUUUAUUCUUUUGAAGUCAAGGAUUCACGAGGAAGGAUCAUUUCCUUGGAGAAGUACAGAGGGAAAGCAACUUUGGUUGUAAACGUGGCCAGUUACUGCCAAUACACAGACAAAAAUUACAUCGCACUGCAAGAGCUGCACAGAGAGUUUGGUCCCUCCCACUUCACUGUGCUGGCGUUCCCCUGCAACCAGUUCGGAGAAUCAGAGCCUAGCUCAAGCCAGGAAAUAGAAUCUUUUGCCAAAGGAAACUAUGGAGUAACAUUCCCUGUUUUCCACAAAAUCAAGAUCCUAGGAUCAGAAGCAGAUCCUGCCUUUAAAUUUCUAAUAGAUUCUUCAAAGAAAGAGCCUCGGUGGAAUUUCUGGAAGUACCUUGUCAGCCCUGAGGGUAAAGUUGUGAAAUUCUGGAGACCUGAAGAGCCAAUAGAAAGUAUCAAACCAGAAGUAACAUCAUUAAUCAGGCAGAUUAUCAUGAAGAAAAGAGAAGACCUCUGAAAAAGCCAUUCAACACCAUGGGUAUACAGCCUUUCUACAUUUCUGGGGAAUGUUACUAAAAGCUAAACCAUCAAGUGAUUUUGCUACUCUUUAGCAUUGGUGUUUGCAAUUUGUCUAUUGAUUCUGGAUUGGCUCCUGCAGUGGCCUCGGGAGCGACUGAGGUUAUUGACAUGAGUAGGCACUCAGUACCUUGCAGGGAGGGACCAUCAGUUUGCAUUAGGGAUUUAUGAUUCCUUUUUCUGAGUUGCUGAAAAUAGCUAAUUAAAAUUGUCACCAGCAGGUAGAUAGUUAGAAAGAAGGUUUAUUAAGAAAUUACUCAGUAUUUACACAGGUUUUUUCCCCACCUACCAGUAACAAAGAGAUUUUGUAUUCCAUUAACACAUAAUUGCCCUGUUAUGAAAGACAAGGGACCCAGAGACAUCUAUAGCAGGUGUUCUAGACACAAAUGUAACUGAACAUACCAGCUUUGCAAUGUCUUCUCAAGGAAGACUACUGUAUUGUGAAGUUGCCAGUUGCAAAAAAUUGUACAUAGAAAAUAAAACUAUUAAAAGAAGUAAAAAAAAGCAACUAAA